AAUGGAAUUAUCGAACAUGCGAAGAACACAAAACCUCGGGCAAGAUUCAAGAAAUUGUUGGGUCUCGGAAAAGUUGUAAAUAUUUGGUUUUCGGUUGUUUCGUUGUUUCUUCUCUGGCCAGUCCACUCCAGUAGGGUUCUGUUCUGGAAGCUGGUAGCUUUUGCUUCGGAGGCUUGAGCUUCAGCUUCUCGCUAAUGGUCUCUUAUUUCAUCAGACAUUGUCUCAAGAGUGCUUUUUGCUGCGCUUUCUCAAAGUUCCACUAAACCCCCGGACACAAGGAUGAGCUAUCAUCAUCAGCAGCAUGGUACCAGCUCUGGUAGCAGAACUGCCACUAGGAACUUCGAGUUUGGCAGGACACACGUGGUGAGGCCAAAAGGAAAACAUCAGGCCACCAUUGUUUGGCUUCACGGCCUUGGUGACAAUGGUUCAAGUGCAUCUCAGCUCUUGGAAUCCCUUUCUCUUCCAAAUAUCAAGUGGAUAUGCCCUACUGCUCCCACUCGUCCUGUGGCAUUACUUGGUGGAUUCCGGUGCUCUGCAUGGUUCGAUGUUGGAGAAAUUUCGGAAGAAGGGACUGAUGAUUGGGAAGGCUUAGAUGCUUCAGCAGCCCAUGUUGCAAACCUCUUAUCAACUGAACCAGCUGAUGUUAAACUUGGGAUUGGAGGCUUCAGCAUGGGUGCUGCGACAGCUAUCUACUCUGCAACUUGUUUUGCUCUCGGUAAAUAUGCAAAUGGAAAUCCUUACACAGUAAACCUGAGGGCAGUGGUUGGUCUAAGUGGUUGGCUCCCCGGUGCAAGGGUUUUGCGGAACAAGAUUGAGAGAUCAAACGAAGCUAUACGGCGCGCUGCUUCUUUGCCCAUUUUGCUUUGUCAUGGAAACAGUGAUGAUGUGGUCCCCUACAACUAUGGUGAGAAGUCAUCCCGCUACUUAGUUUUGGCUGGGUUUCGAACUGUCGCAUUCAAAUCCUAUGAAGGGCUUGGCCAUUUUACGGUUCCGAGAGAGAUGAAUGAAGUGUGCAGUUGGAUCUCUGCAAGGCUUGGGCUUGACGGGUCACGAUCAUAGUUUUGCAGGUCGAGGUCUUUUUGGAGUUCUAACUAAAAGCUAGAGAAACCUGGAGAGUGGAAUAACGGGAAGUCAUGGAAUCAAUAAAACCGAGUUCGAAGUAUAUGUGAAAGUAUGAUGUGAAAGGGGGUGGUGAGGUUAUAUUGGUAUAGCUAUUGUUGUUGACUGUCUUAGAAAAUUAAAUGGUGUUAUCUGCCUCUUAUUAUCUCUUUUUGUUAUGUAGUUAAGUAUUGGGUUGGAUGGGUUAGCGAAAUUUUUAUUUUUCUGUAGCAUUUUGGGUAUUCUUUAUGGAAUAAAUAAAAGAAUCUCGUACUGGCGGUUUUGGGUUUCUCUUUA